AUGGACGCCUGUCUCCGCGCCCUCUGCGUCUGCGCCGCGCUGGCGGCGCUGUGGCGCGGGGCGGGCGCGGGCGCGGCGGGCCCCGUGGUGCGGUGCGCGCCGUGCGACGCGGGCGCGCGUCUGCUGUGCCGGCCCGCGCCCGCACACUGCGCGGAGCUGGUCCGCGAGCCGGGCUGCGGCUGCUGCAUGACCUGCGCGCUCUCCCGCGGCCAGCCGUGCGGCGUGUACACCGGAAGGUGCGGCGCCGGACUCACCUGUCGCCUUACGCCCGGCGAAGCCAGGCCCCUGCAGGCCCUGCUGGAGGGGCGCGGGGUGUGCGUCAACGGAACCAGCCAGAGGCAGGGCACCGGGCCCGAACCGCCGGUCAACGAGCUGCCGGCAGAGAACAACGGAGAUCGGGAAGAGGAGAGGAACUCCACCGGCCCGGCUCUGGAGACCUCGUACAGCACUUGCAGACCCACCGGACCCCUGCGACCUCCUCUGCACUCCCUCUUACAGUCCACCAAAGCGGAAGUCCUGCGACGGGAUCAGCAGAAGAGGGCCCGCAGCUUCAAGCUGGAGGAGCUGCCCGGACCGCUCAGUACCGACCAGCAGAACUUCUCCCUGCUGGAGGCCAAACAGGAGCCGGAGUAUGGUCCCUGUCGCAGGGAGAUGGAGAGCGUCCUCAGCAGCCUCAAGAUCACAGACAUUCUCAACCCGAGAGGUUUCCGCAUCCCUAACUGUGACAAGAAGGGCUUCUAUAAGAAAAAACAGUGUCGUCCGUCCAAAGGUAGAAAGCGAGGUUUCUGCUGGUGUGUGGACAAAUACGGGCAGCCCUUGCCAGGUUUUGAUGGGAAGGAGCGAGGAGACGCCCAGCACCACAACUCCGAGAGCCAGUAGGAGCCAGAGCAGGCAGGGACGGAGGGAAGCGAAGGAGAAUC